AAAGUGUUUUUAUUACUUAAAAAGAAUAUUAGAGUUUGGUUAAUUGCAAAAAAAAUAUUAAUUAAAUAUAUAAACCGAUUUAAUAUUUUGAUCUGCGCAUUAGAAGCUCUUGCGUGUUCUUGUUUUAAAUUUCUUCUUAAGAGAUAAAGUGAACAAAGUGUUACUGUGUGUGCGAAGGGAAAAAAGCCAAAAAAAUAUAUAAAUAUGUUAACCAUGCAAAAGUUAAAUACAAACCUAAUGGUCUUUACUGCCAUUACGCUAUUCGGAUUUAUCGCUGCUCAGACCGUAGGUUCUAAGGAUCUAUUCAGAUGCCGCCAAAGCUGUUAUCAAAAGUUUGUUCAAGAUUGGCAUCACUGUAUGGACUUUGAUGAUUGUAAAAAUAUGUGCAUCACACCACCUAAUAUCAAUAGUUAUAUCCCAGAAGCGUUCAGUUUUCUGUGUUGGAAUAAUUGUGAUCAACAAUUGGGACCGUUUCCGUUGAAUAUUAAUUCGGCUUUGCGUCAGGGUUCGCUAGUGAUAACAGAUAUUGCUUGGGAUCAAGCCAUAACAAAUGCGUCGAAGCAAUGCUUGGUCACAUGGGAGGUCUCCGGAGGCGGUCUAAUGGGCAAUCUAUUGACUGAUAGCUCUACUGUUGAAUUAUCCCUCUGGUCGGAUACAAUAUAUCACGUACAAGUUACGUGCAAACAUAAGGACACCGGAGGCAUGCGCCGCUCUUAUAAACUGAUUGUUGAUACUCAUAAAUUGGGCGACAGUACAGCUACCGGUAUGCAGGCUAUUGCUUUGGAGACACCGUUUAGCAAAAGUCUACCCCAUAUUUACGGUAACGAUGCUUUGCCAGCUUCAAUGGGUGAAAACGACUCGAGAAUGCGCAUUCUGAAGGAUAGUUCCAAAGAUUUUCUAACACCUUACAAUCCAAAUGCCAUUAUCGAUACAAAGCCAUCAUUAGCAACUCCCACGACAUCGGCCACUACAGCUACCGCUACCACUACUACAACUACAACUACUACUAUUGCUGGUGCUACUACUAGUACUACUUCUGCCAUCAUCACCAUAAGUACAAAAGAUGAGUUAAAGAAUUCAUAUUCAGCUGAAUACGAAGUGGAAUCUGGUGAUACGGUAAUAAGCACUAAACUUAUCGGCGUUUCUAAUUUGGUACAAACGUCUAGCGAUUUCUUGAGCCAAUCCAUAGUACUUGCUGUGGUUGGCUCAAUAGUUCUAUUUUGUGGUAUUAUCGCUCUUUAUCUGCUUAUGCCUCCCAUACAUAAACAAGUACCUGUUACAAUUUGUUCCAUUGAUCAUGAAGUUCUAAUACAUAAUGAAAUUAUGCCCUCUCAAUCACCAUUAAAUCCUACGGUCUCACUAUGUGAACAAGAAGGAUCAUUACAAACACCAAAAACUACUGAACACAAGAAUCGUUCAACACUGCAUGUGUAAAUUGUAUGUGCGACUACAAAAUUCUCUGUAAAUAACCGUUUAAAAGUAAAAGUUGAAGUAAUGAAAAGAAACCUCAUUAACUAUAAAAGUGCGUUUGUGAUGACUGUGUACAUAUAAAAUAACAAAUGGGUGGGUGGAUGGAUUGAUGGAUUAAGGAAAGGCAUUAACUUGCACAUGAAGAGUCCUUCAUAUAGAUUAGAGCUUAUGUAAAUAUUAAAGUAUUUGUCACUGUUCCCUCCAGCAUGGCAAAGUGUGAAUGUAUAGCGAUAUUGUGUUUAGGAUUAAAAAGGGAGCAAAAAAAAUAAAAACUGAAUAAAUAACGAUUUGAUCCAUCAUUUAUAAACAAAAAACAAUAAGAAAA